GUGAGUCUCCCCGGCAGCAACGUCGCAACAUUUGUAUCUCUGGUGAAAUAAGUUGGAAUCUGUACAUAGUCUGACUCGACGGUCUAUCGUCUUACAACUCAGGUACGUCCAUCUCAGAGCCUCAGUUUCACUCCCCACUACGUCUCUCUUCACGACCUAAGAGAUUUGCUUGUGCCUGUUUGGGUUGCUUAUGUAAGCAACAUAAAAGCGUUUUCACAACGAUUCGCCUGAGUUUAUCUCCCCCUCACGCAAGCCAGAUCCCUCUACAGCAUCAGCCAUGUACUCUCCACAUCCACACACACUCAUCUUCACACUCCUCGCCCUCGCCCUCCUACACCCCAUUUCAUGCAGUGAGAACGGCAUGGACAUGUCAAUGGACGGCGCGAUGUCUCUCACCACAGGUCAAAUGCUCCCCUACCUGCACUUCACCCCCGGCGGCGACACCUUGUGGUUCUUGGGCUGGGUCCCGACGAGUGCUGGGGCGAUGGUAGGGACGUGUAUUGGGUUGUUCUUGUUGGGGAUUGUUGAGAGGUGGGUGGCGGCGUGUCGGGCUCUGAUGGAGAUUCAUUGGAAUAAGAGGGCUCAAAUCGUGCGCUCUGACCGUCUCAACGCCCGUGGCUUGCCUGUAGCUUCGGAGAAAGCCCAACCAGAUCUCGAUCUCAAGCACUCGUUAUCCUCCUUGACAGCCAAAGAGCUGAAGAAGGCCGUGACGAUGCGAGACGUCCCCCCGUUUAUCCUCGCUCAUGAUCUUAUGAGAGGGAUUUUGCACGUCGGGCAAGCGGGGUUGCAGUUUGCGUUCAUGUUGGCUGUCAUGACGUUCCAAGUCGGGUUCAUACUCUCGCUGGUCAUUGGGCUGGGCGUUGGAGAGAUGCUUUUUGGUCGGUAUGCAAGUCAUGCUGCUCACUUGGCAUGAUGCAUGAGAGAAGUAUCGUCAUGACUCGCAAAGAUCUUUUUGCAUUGUAAUAUAGUAUGGAAUUGGACAUUGGGCAGACGGGUGUACGAUUAUGCAUGCAGUUGGUUUUCGGAGUGUUCUCA